AUGCUGGGAGCAAUGCUUCUGGCGCUAUUGAUCUUGCCGCUGUAUCCGCUCCACCGCUGGUCGAACGCAGUACCAAUGGACAACAGCACCAUGAGAAGGAUCAUUGGCCUCCAGGGCGGUUGUACUCUUGCCUUUUGCCUCGUCCUCAACCUCUGCACCACUGCGAAGAGACACGAGGUGUUUAUGGCCACGUCACUGUAUAUGGUCGUGCUCAGUCUGUUCAUAAGAAAGGUCAAGGUCAGCUUCAGUGGUGCUGCGAUCUAA